GUAAGGCACAAACACAAUGUCUAAGUGUUCUCAAUAAGCGAACAUCAUGCUAGUUAUUAGUUUAGUAGUGAUUUUGUGCGUUAGUGCAUUCAGCGCACGAUCCGAGGAUAAUACUAAAGUUUUGCGGUUAGUUCAUGCGGUUUUCCGACAUGGUCAUAGAACACCAGCCGAUACUUAUCCAUCUGAUCCCCACUUCAAUGAAACGUUCUAUCCAUUUGGAUGGGGACAUCUCACGAAUCAAGGCAAGGAAUACAUGUACGAAACUGGGCAAUGGCUUAACCGAAGAUAUGGCCGAUUCCUGGGACCACUUUACCAGCCAGAUCUUGUAUGGGCUCAGACUACGGGCGUCACACGAACGAAAAUGACAAUGGCAAUGGUUUUAGCUGGUCUUUUUCCUCCAGAAGAUACAGCAAUGGAAUGGAGUAGAAAUUUGAAUUGGCAACCGAUACCGAUACAUUCCGAACCUCUAGACGAAGAUACCUUGUUGCUCGUACGAACUCCCUGUCCACGAUACUACGAAGCUUUACAGGAAGUAUUUGAAACCCAAGAGCUGCAACGAAUUCAAAGAGAUAACGAACGACUGUACAGUGAACUAACAUAUUUUACUGGAAUGGAUAUAAAAACACCGGAAGACGUCCAGUCACUGUACAGUACUCUUCGAGCUGAGACUGAAUAUGGAUUGGAAUUGCCGGAAUGGACUAGAAACUAUUAUCCGGAUGAAUUGUUAAAUUUAACCGAACUCAACUUCAUACACAACGUUUACACGGAAGAAAUGCAAAAAUUCAAGGCCGGACCAUUCCUGCAAAAGAUGAUCAAAGAAUGGAAGGAUAAGAGGGAAGGUUUUCUCAAGCCAGACGGUCGGAAAAUAUUUUUGUACACCGGACACGAUUCAACGAUUGUCAAUGUUCUGCAUGCCCUUGGUGCGUGGCGACCACAAGUUCCAGUCUAUGGAAUUAUGGCCAUUUUUGAGCUACUUGAAGAUACGACCACUGGAGAGUACGGCAUUUCGGUUUACUUGAGAACCAGUGCAAAGAGUGGAGCAAUCCGUCUUACUAUCGCUGGAUGUGGACACUUUUGUCCAUUAGACAGAUUCGUUCAAUUGACGAGGAAAUUCGUUAUGGUGGAUAAGGAUAUGGAAUGUGCUGCAAGGGAUCCAAGUUUUACAACGCCACCACCGUCAGGACCGUAAAUGAUGUUACAUUUUGCAUAUCUAGAUGUGGCUCUAAUAUAUCAUCGAAAAAUGAAAAUUAACUUCUAAUGAAGCAAAAUAACUUCGAGGAAUUAA